AUGGGCAAGGAGAAGGUAACUUGGAUGAAAGUAACGACGGAACCUCUUGAUAAGAGUAAGAAUUGCUCAAAAGUCAAGAAGGCUCUUUGUUGCUUGCCUCAAAUAAAAGACCAAAUGUUCGACGACAAGUCCAACACAGUCACGAUCAAAGUGGUUUGCUGCAGUCCCGAAAAAGUCAUGGAGGAACUCUGCAAGAAAGGAGGUGGAGCUAUAAAACUUAUCCAGACCAUUGACCCGCCUAAACCUGCGGCUGAAAAGCCCAAAGGAACUGAAAAGCCCAAAGAAGCUGAAAAGCCCAAAGAAGCAAAGCCCAAAGAAGCAGAGAAGUCCACACCAGCACCAGCCGGUCCGAGUUCUCAAACGAUGAUGUAUGGGUUUAAUCCGCCGAUGAGGGUGGCUGAGCCGGUAAUGUAUAAUGGGUCUUACAACGGUUGGGCCUAUCAUAAUGGGUAUCCCGAAAGGCCCGUUUACGAUAGCUACGGUGGGCCACCACCACCGCCGUACUACGGUGAAGAUGGAUCCUGCUCUAUUAUGUGA